AUGGAAGGGAAUAUGCCCUCCCAGGCUUGCAAGCCUGUGACCGAGACUGUUUCGAAAGACGGCCUUGUCAUCCCGAUCAUCGACUUCGCGCCCUUUCUCAACGGUACCCCCGCCGAUAAGCACGCCGUCGCCAUUUCCAUCGUCGGCGCAUUCAAAACAUCGGGUUUCCUCUACCUAAAAGACCAUGGCAUUCCGCCCUCCAUCGUCGCCCGAGUCUUCAAGUCCUCCGCGGCCUUCUUCGCCCGCCCGCAAGACCAAAAGGAUACCCUGGGCUGGACAACCCCGCAGGCGAACCGUGGUUACGUCAGAACGGGACGGGAGAAGCUUAGCACGGUUGACGAUCUCUCGGACCCUGAGGCCCGCCGCGCGAUACCCGAUAUCAAAGAGAUAUUGAUGACGAGGGCUAUUGCGCUGGGAAUGAAUCUGCCCGUGCAUUUCUUUGACGAGUAUGUGGACCAGGGAGAUAAUACUCUGCGUCUGCUACAUUAUCCGGCUGUGCAUAAAGACAUCUUCAAGACGAACCCUGGACAAGUUCGGGCAGCUGAGCACAGCGACUAUGGCUCAAUUACUUUGCUUUUCCAAGAUCGGAGGGGCGGGCUCCAGGCGCGCAGCCCGGAGGGUACGUUUGUCGACGUGACGCCUUUUCCUGAUACCGUCGUCAUCAACGCUGGUGAUCUCCUAGCUCGGUGGUCGAAUGAUACUAUCAAGAGUACACGGCACCGGGUGGUAGAGCCCCCAAAGGCGUAUGGCGAAGAGGACGAGUCGGAAGUGUAUCCGGACCGGUACAGCAUUGCAUAUUUCUGCAACCCUAACCAUGACAAGUUCAUUGAAGCCAUUCCGGGCACUUACGGGGAGGAUAUCAGCAAUGCCAAGUAUCCAGGGAUUACAGCUGGAGAGUACCUGGUGCAGCGACUCGCCGCUACGUACUAG